UGCCAAAUUCAAAACACUCGAGAUUAUACCCUCAUGUUGCUAGAUUCAGUUUUUAGUGGAAAAAAUGUUCUCAUAAAAUGCGGGUGGCAUUCUCUGUACUCCUGUACAUACAGGCCUUGUACUGUACAGAUGCAAACCUUCAAGAUUUAGAGGAUGGGUUAAUCGAAUCCAACACGAACACUACUCAACAGCAUUUAGAAAACUUGGAGGAUGCUAGAGCAAUAGCAAAAUCAAAUCUAGAGAAAGAAAAGGAAGAAGUUGGAUUGCUCCAGGGGGAAAUACUAAGCACUGACAUACUUUAUUCUAAUAAGCUGAAUAUAUUCUCUACCUGGCUGACCGCUAACUCUGUUUGCGCUGGUCAAAGUCUCAACAAUACAGAUAUCGAGCAUCUUUGGAUCCAGCUCAAGAAGAUAUCUGAUGAUGUAACGACGACGUCUAAAAGAAGAAAAACAUUGGAAGAGAAAAUGGUGGCUGCAACAACAAGUCUAAAAGAAGCAGAAACUCGGUUUCGUUUAAUUGAUAACUCUUACGCAGACCUUAAAAAUAUUAUCAGAGAGACAAUGGUGUCAGGUUCCGGUCCAAUCGGAAAAGAUAUUUUCCUGCUCUGUGGUCUGGUUACAUCCUAUAUUCUGGCAUAAACAACAUUGUCUACAGGGUUUCCCAUUCAUUCGGACAAUUUCUUGGUCAUUGUUAUAGACAGAAUUAUGAUCUUGAAUACAUUUAAUCUAUGAAAUUA